AUGCUCAGUGAGAUGUCGAAUGAAGGUGGGAUGCUUGGAAAGGUAAAGGAGGUCGAGGACGACGAGGUCGGGAAUGCAGAGGUUGCGCAAGAGCAAGCACAAUCAGCCGAGGCCAAGACGAUCGAGAUGCUGACACGGGAGAACGCAAUGUUGCGUCAACAACAAUACCAUGCUGCUAACCGCAUGAGGCCGAGAGCAUCGACUGGGUUUGGUGGUAUAGGAAAUGGCUAUGGUCUGCACGACCCGGUUCCGGAAGAGUCGUCUGACUAUGCUGUGGAUCUGGACGAGUCUGGUGAACUUUCCGACCUGGCAGGAAAGAGAGCUUUUGGUCGGAGAAUGAGCGAGUUCGGCGCAGGCCCUUUCCGCUCCUCCUUCUCCCUGGAAAAUCGUCCGUUGGAGAACGUCAAGAAGGCCCUCUGGUCGAGCUCCCUUGGGUUCGGUGGUUUGGCAGACAUCCCCCAGAGCAGACGACAUUCCUUUGCUGAAGUUCCCACACGACAACCAUCCAUUGGAUCAAUUGGCGAUCACGUUCAUGCUCAGGACCAAGGUUCUCAGGAAGGCCAGGACUACGCUGUCGGACAAUAUGAGAACUCUCUGCUGAACGCAGCCAAUGCUGGUGCGUACUUCACUGGGCCAUCUGGAAUCAACAGCUCCCAACAGGCCCUUAUGCAGUCGGCCUACUCGAACAUGUACCCGUCACCGUAUGGGUUGCAGGCUCCGUUUUCGAACAGACCCCCUUCUCCACAUCGGGCGUUGUACGGCAUGCCUCAGCCUCGCCACGCUCAAAAGCUCCACAUUGUUCUCUUCAAGUGUAAUAGGGCGGAUGUCUUCUACAUACAGGAGGGCACUGGUCUGACAGUGAAACCGGGCGAUUUGGUCAUUGUCGAGGCUGACCGAGGGACUGAUCUUGGAACGGUGGCGAGAGACAAUGUCGACUGGGGCUCAGCCAAGGAGCUCAAGGAGCUCUACGCCGAGGAGCACUACAAGUGGCUCAUGAUGUUCUCUCAAAACGCUGCAGUGGCUCAAGACGGAGCUGGCGCCGGCUUGAUGGCAGCCUCUAACGGCAUGCACGGCGGCGCCGUAGGAGGCAUGGGUCCGCCUAGUCAGCAUCACAUGCAAGAACCGAACGCCGGUGAGCUCAAGCCCAAGCUCAUCAAGCGCCACGCCCAGCCCCACGAGAUACAGGCGCUGCGAGACAAGGAGGGCAGCGAGGCCAAGGCGAAGCGUGUUUGCCAGUCGAAAGUUAAGGACCACGGCCUGAACAUGGAGAUUCUUGACGCCGAGUUCCAGAUGGACUGGAAGAAACUGACCUUCUACUACUUUGCCGACUCUUACAUUAAUUUCAACUCUCUUGUGACCGACCUCUUCAAGAUCUACAAGACUAGAAUUUGGAUGUCCGCCAUCAACCCAGCUUCUUUCGCCAGCCCUUCCCUAGGCCUGCAGACGCCAAGCGGCAUUGGCCCGGGGGCUGUUGGUGUUGGCAGAGGUGGUUCCUCGGACCGUCGACAGAAUCAGCAGCAGGAGCAGUCCGCUUUCCCCAGCUCAUCGUCUUCAGGCCGACCUUUCCAGCCAGCUCUUGUUUCACCGUUUGGUAACGAACGAGCCGCCGCGCCUUUCGCACAACCAAGCUACCCGUACAACUAUAAUAACUCCUUCGCAAAUGUACCGAGGCCGACCUCGUACACUCCCACAGCUACAUCCUCGAUGGAUCCAUACCCUACGACCUUCCCCGGUGGCGACUAUCAGCUGCGCUCUCGAGCAUUCCCGCCACCCCACAGCGGAGCGCAGCAGCACGACCAGCCGGUUUCUCCGUUGACCACACAGAACGACUGGGUCGGGUCAUUCCAGAGCCUCUCUCUCAACAGCCGCUAG